GUGACCUCAGCAGUGAUCAAGCAGAGAUUGGCAGAGUCAGAGAUGACAGAGGAGAAGAUUAGCGCAGCUCGGGAGAAGUACAUCUGUGUAGCAGAGAGGGGAUCUGUCAUGUACUUUGUGGUUGCUGACAUGGGAGAGGUUGACCCCAUGUACCAGUUUUCACUGAAAUAUUUCAAGCAGCUAUUUAAUGCCACAAUACAAAACAGUGAGAAGAGCGAGGACUUGCCUAGAAGACUCCAGAUCUGUCUGGACGAGACAACCAUGUGCAUCUACAGAAAUGUGGCCAGAGCCUUAUUUGAAAGACACAAACUGAUAUUUUCAUUUCUUUUGUGUGCUGAGAUCAUGAAAACUGCUGGCACCAUCACUUUACCAGAAUGGAACUUCUUUUUAAGAGGCCCCACUGGAGAUUUGGACAAGCAAAACACACCCAAACCACCCAGAUCAGACUUUGUUUCUCUCAAUGUCUGGAAGCUGGCUUGUGAACUCAGUGACAAUUUUGAAUGUUUUCGUGGAAUUAACCACGACCUGACAAAGACACCAGUGUGGAUUCGGUUGGGAGAAACAUUUGAG